CCCUUGUUUCGUAUUUAAGACACGUUUGGUGCGUCUUCCUUUGUCAGUCUACGUUUUACUUUCGUUGGUGAUUGACAGUUGAGAAGAAGACAAAAUGAGGAUGUUGAAGGAAAGUAUCUUAGUCGCGUUCCUUAUUGCACUAGCAAUGGGUUCACCAGCAUCCAGGUCAGAUGCAUUGCGCGCUGUGUCACAAGGAACAAAUGACUUUUCAGCAUCACUAUUCCAGGCUGUGGCACAAGAAAAUCCAGGCAAUCUUAUAAUGAGUCCUCUUAGUGCAGCUGUUGUACUUGCUAUGGCUGCUUAUGGAGCUCGUGGUGAAACAGAAAAACAGUUAAAAGCUGUACUACAUUCACCCAAUCCAGAUAAACUUGCAAUGCAUGGAUAUGAAGAACUUAUCACUUCUCUAAAUAGUGUUAAAGAAAACACACUUAACCUGGCGAAUAAAGCAUUUCUCAACAAUAAAUUUAGCUUGAAACCAACUUACCAGUCAUUGACAGAGAAUUACUUCAAAUCCAAAACUCAAUUAGUUGACUUUGCUCAGUCUGCACAGGCUGCAAACGAAAUUAACUCAUGGGUUAGUGACAAGACAAACAACCACAUUAAGGACCUUAUAGGAUCUGGUGAUGUCGAUGCGGACACGGCAUUAGUGCUAGUUAACGCAGUAUAUUUUAAGGGUCUGUGGAAAGAUAAAUUCGAUCCUGCAGCCACCCAAUCAUUGCCAUUCCACGUUAAUGGAAAUACAGUAAAAAAUGUACCUACUAUGCAUAGGCAAGAUCACUACAAGUACGGCGAACUUCCCGAGUUAAAUGCUAAAUUCAUUGAAAUACCGUAUAAGGGAGAUUCACUGAGUAUGGUCAUCAUUCUUCCAAAUGAAGUUAAUGGUUUGGCUGAAGUAGAAAAGAAGGUACAUAGCAUAAACCUCAGCGACGUUCUAAGUCAAGGAAUCGUACAGGAGGUGCAGUUAUACCUUCCAAAGUUCAAGAUCGAAAGUAAACUAGACCUAAACUCUCCUUUGAAGAAGCUUGGAUUGACUGAUAUGUUCAGUUCUCACGCUAACUUCUCUGGUAUUGCUGACGCCGAAUUAGUUGUCAGCAAAGUUGUACAAAAGGCAUUUAUUGAAGUGAAUGAAGAAGGUAGUGAAGCCGCAGCUGCCACAGGUCUCAAUGUAAGGCCUCUUUCGAGUGUUUGGUCACCGCCGAAGCCUAUUGAGUUCCGCAUCAAUCGACCAUUCCUGCUUAUCGUUAAUUACCAUGACGUAGCCUUGUUCUUAGCAAAAGCCAUAUCUUAGCGUUUCUUUUACCAUGCGAGAAACGAACCUAACGAAUCUCAGUCGUAUUAUGUUAGGGGUGAUAAUGUAUCUUUCCUGCCAAUCAAUACUAAUUUCAAUCCAAAUUACUUGACUGAUUCGAACAUAUUGCACAAUUAAUCUAUUUUUCAAUUGGUAUCACGCCGAGAUUUACUUUUAUGUUACGAAAUUAUAUGUCAAUUUACUUGUACAAAAGGGGAUUUUAAAUUUAUACUACAUAUUUAUUGGAAGUAUAAAAUGAAUUUUAUAAUGUAACUUCAACACACACGUAAUAAAUGUCAUCUACACUUUUCUUCUGAUAAGUAUGUUCAGAAAUCAUGUUCGAGAAUUUUCUGUAUAUAAAGGAAAGUUGUUUUUAGAUUAAUUUUUUUAUAACAUUUCUUGCUGUACACAGAAUUUGAUAUUUCCUACCAUGGAUCAAAAGAAAUGUAUACAGUAAAAGUAAACAAUAGGCAAAGGAUAAUGUUAUUACAUCGUUGUACUAAAUGUAGUAUCCAUAUUUCAUUCCAAAACUAUGAAAAUGUCUAUAAACAUCGUUGUGUGUUUACUUCAUUCUUGCUCUAAGGGCAUAGAGAAUAAAUGAUCUAUUAAUUA